CUCAUGCGCAGAGGCUGCAGAGUAAUUUGUUGAUAUCCUGCUUGGUAGUAUUUAGACUAAAAUUCAAAGCUAGGUUAUACCCCAGGUGAGGGGAUUUGUUUGAAUUAGGAAGUGCAGGUAACUGGAAGAGCAUCUAUAUGAGGGGCUGAUGGAAAACGCAAGGGAUUUGGCUGAGCGUACCCCACGUUCAGAUCGUAAGCGACGAGACUCAUUCGGGAUGUUUGAUGGCUAUGACAGCUGCAGCGAGGAGUCCACCAGCAGCUCUAGCUCAGACGACAGUGAGGAUGAGGUGGUACCCUCUAUCCCUGCUAGUCUGCCCAUCAUCAAGAACAAUGGACAAGUCUACACCUACCCUGAUGGAAAGGCUGGAAUGGCCACCUGUGAGAUGUGUGGGAUGGUCGGUGUACGAGAUGCUUUUUACUCCAAAACCAAGCGUUUCUGCAGUGUGUCCUGUUCUAGGAGUUAUUCCUCAAAUUCUAAAAAAGCUAGCAUCUUGGCAAGACUCCAGGUAAAUGCAUUAUCUUUGAUAAACAAGUAUAGUAGUUUCAUAAUUUUGUAUUAUGUAAAUAUUAACAUCUGCUUUGGUUUUUACAAGGGCAAACCACCAACAAAAAAGGCCAAAGUCUUACAGAAACAGCCUCUCAUGGCAAAGUUGGCAGCUUAUGCCCAGUACCAAGCAAGUCAACAGAACCAGGCCAAACUGAAAGCGGUGGUCGCUGGAGAGAGUUUUGACUGGGGGCAGUAUAUCUGUAGCAGUAACACGGUGGGGGCUCCUGUCAGCUGUUUCAAGCAUGCCCCCAUGGGAACAUGUUGGGGAGAUAUUGAAGUAGGUGUGAGGAUUGAAGUGCCCAACUCUGAUACCAACUUCUCCACCAAGGUGUACUGGAUAGCAGAAAUCAUAAAGCUAGCAGGGUUCAAGGCUCUCCUGCGUUAUGAGGGCUUUGACAGUGACACAAGUAAAGACUUCUGGUGUAACCUCUGCAUACCUGAAGUUCACCCUGUGGGAUGGUGUGCUUCAAGUGGCAAACCCCUCGUACCUCCAAAAAGCAUACAACAUAAGUACUCUAACUGGAAAACGUUUCUUGUGAAGCGCCUCACUGGAGCUAAAACACUGCCACCUAACUUUAAUGAUAUGGUACAGCAAAACAUGCAAUUUCCCUUUAAGAAGCUAAUGCGAGUCGAAGUGGUCGAUAAGAACUAUCUCAGCCGGACACGGGUGGCGCUGGUAGAGCAAGUGAUUGGAGGUCGCCUGAGGUUGGUCUAUGAGGAGAGCCAGGGUGGAGCUGAUGACUUCUGGUGCCACAUGUAUAGCCCUCUUAUCCAUAAUAUAGGCUGGUCAAGAAGCAUUGGACACCGCUUCAAACGAUCUGAUAUAACAAGGAAAUUAGAUGGUCAAGUCGAUGCUCCUCCACAGCUCUUCCAGAAGACGAAGGAAGUGGACCAGAGUGGGGACUGGUUCAAAGAUGGGAUGAAGUUAGAAGCCAUUGACCCCCUCAAUCUCUCAGCUAUAUGUGUAGCUACUGUAAGAAAGGUGUUGGCAGAUGGAUAUCUCAUGAUUGGGGUAGAUGGCUCAGAGGCAGUCGAUGGAUCAGACUGGUUCUGCUACCAUGGCACCUCCCCUUCCAUCUUCCCUGUUGGCUUCUGUGAAAUCAAUAACAUUGAACUCACACCCCCUAGAGGGUACACUAAACUCCCAUUCAAAUGGUUUGACUACCUCAGAGAAACAGGUUCAGUAGCUGCUCCUGUCAGGCUCUUUAACAAGGAGGUUCCCAAUCAUGGGUUUCGGCUAGGCAUGAAGCUGGAAGCUGUUGAUCUGAUGGAACCAAGGCUGGUGUGUGUUGCCACGGUGACAAGGAUUGUGCACCGCCUACUGAGGAUUCACUUUGAUGGUUGGGAAGACGAGUAUGAUCAGUGGGUGGACUGCGAGUCGCCUGACCUCUAUCCAGUGGGCUGGUGUCAGCUAACAGGCUACCAGCUCCAACCACCUGCCUCACAGAGUAACAGAGAAAUGUCGCAGUCUGUUCCCAAGCAGAAGAAAAAGGCCCAGCAGUAUAAAGGCCAAAAGAAAAAGAGGAAGAUUCCUGUUGGUCGACGGCCCUUCAGUCAGGCAGGCAGGAGGAGGAGCAGCUUCUCAGGGGACGAAGAGCAGAGUCCACCCCCUUACCCUGCCCAGGGGCCAGCUCGGCCCAGGCCCCGCACCCAUUUCCACCUAACCCACAAAUCAGAGUCUCUCAUGCGAAUGAAAGAGGAGACCACUGAAGUCGAUGAGUUCACCUUCUCGCAGGGCACCUCAGACCAAGAGAGCAAUGGCUCGGGCAGUUACUACAUUAGACAGGAACCCUGAUGUGACAAAAUCAAGGAGGAGGAAACCACAAAAGGACAUCUCUGGAAACACCGAACCAACAAUCAGGAAUGGGGAGGGUCAAACUCACCUGAGAGGAUACUUGAAGAGUGAUGCCACAGGCCACCUGUAAUGUCAGCACAUGAGGAAUACCAUUCCUCAACAUCACUUAAAACAAUUUUCUAACCUGGUAGGGGUGUGUCCACAUAAUCACUCAGAAAGUCCUGUCUAAUCAUGGAAAGCACCCAGAGUCAGGCCUGGGUCAUAGAUGUUUGGGCAUUCUCUUUCUACGACCUGCAUCUUUUUCUCCCUUUCUUUGGCUAUCUGAACCAGAUGAGCUAUUUGGAUGAUUUUGUCUUGCAAGCCUCUAUCAGCCCAUCCAGCCUCAGCCAUAAUGUGGGCCACAUACAGAGACCUGGAGAAACUGUGACAACAAUUUAUUGAGCCAGGUCUUUAGGUUUUCUUGCGUUUGUUGUAUGGGAAGGGGGGGGGUGUUGUUGGUGGUGUUUUUUGUUUGUUUUUUUUGUAUAAAAAUGUGAGAGUCAGCCGUUUAGCAGCUGCUUGAGCAAAGUAAGGCUGUCAGAAAGAUGAGCAGAGUUGUGUAUAUUUUUGCAGUAUUGCCAGGUGGACUUUAAUUUUAAUAAUAGUACUUGAAUUUUUCCUUAUUUCAUUUUGUUUUGAUUUUCAGGUUGAUUUUUUUAUGUCCUUUUUUUCAUGUUUUGGUGGCUGUUUGAGUAACGUGUCGUUUUAUAAAGUGACUAUUCACUAGUAAGUGUAGGCCUAUUCAAAUAGAGCUACACAAAGAGUUCUUGCCAUGCUGCUCAGCAUUAAUGAUGGUCUUUCCCUCCUUUUGUUCUUUUUCCUUAUAGUAUUGAAAGUAUUGAACAGAAGAUUUCCACAGCUACAUUUAUUCCUCAUUUAGUUAUUACAGAACCAAAAUCUGUUGCUCUUUUUUUUUUUUCAGAUUCAGAGUUUGAAAAAGACUCUAUUAUAAAACUACUUUUGUAAUGGACUCUGUCAAUGUCCUACUAAUCUCAUUAUUAUUAUUAUUAUUAUUAUUAUUAUUAUUAUUAACCUUUCACUAACUUUGCAAUGUUUUAAACUAAGAAGUCUUUUUGAGCCCAUUUGAGAAGCCAAGUUCUUCAUUGACCUUUUAGGGUAGCUUAUCACUUAUUUUUGUUAGUAGAUUUUCUUUUUUGUAUCCACAUUUACAGGGUUUUCCCACUUUCUGGUGCAGCUUUAUACAAAAACACAUCUUAUGCAGCUGUUGCUUUUUUUUCUUUUUUUUUUUUUUAUAUUAACAAACAAAAACACUUUUUUCACAUUCCACUGAGCUUGUAUAGACAAUAUAUAAAAUAUGGACAUGGCUACCACGAACCAUUGGUUUUCAAUUUUUAACUGUCAACAUUUAAGUUUUGACCCUUUUUGUUUCGUUUCUUGGAGCCAGAAGUGAACAUAAUUGAACAACAGGUGGCUAAGUUACCAGCUAAUGCUAGCUAGGUGGUUAGCAGCCACAUACCGCCUAAUUACUGCUAAUAAAACACUCAGGUUUUCACUCACCAAGGGUGAAGCACAAACAUCUUGAAUGUUAUUUUCCACCAGCAGGGCUGAUAAUUUGUCAGAUAAAUAGAUGCCAAAAGGCAUCAACAACACAAGUAUAGUCCAGAAGUCUAGUUCAGUGACGCCAGUUAAUGGAGGUGAGGUCUGUUGCCAGCCACACCACAGCUGCCUGUGGUAGUGUGUCUCACACCACAACUUGGCCAUAUACUGGGAUAUAAGCACAUUUUUCUUUUAAUGCUGUAAAGCUGAACAUUGUAUGUAGAGGUUAUGACUUGCUUUUGGAGCUAAGCUUGAGUUUUUGGUCCUGCAGUACCUCUGUGAAUGAGCAGUUGUUGAAGCAGUUAUCACUGGGGUAGCUUCAGAUUCUGUGUGCUGUACUGAUAAAAAAAAAAAAAGGAUUACUGAAGCUGUGGAAAUGAAAAAUGGCUUUUUUUGUUUGUUUGUUUGUUUUAAAAAAGAAAAAAAAGCUCCACAUUUUGAUGUUAUGAGAAUAUUUCAGAAGAAACAGGAAGUGUAAGUAAGCAGCAGGUCGCAAAGUUGUCCCCACUGCCCGGCCAUACAAUAUGCUUUGAGCUUUACUCUCUGAUUGUAGCUGCUGUAAAAGAUGAACUUCAGUCUUAUCAGAGACUUGUCUUAUCACUUGGUCCCUCGAAAUAAUCAUAAUAAUCUUGGUAUUCUGUUAAAGGUUUAUCAAUAUACAUGUCAUGUCCUUUUUCUUUUUCUUUUAAUUUCAGUUGUAAUUUUACCAAAAUCUGCGUCUGCAGUGUGCCACAAUUAUAUAUCUAUUAUUUAAUUUCUAAAAAAUAAUAUGCAAUACAGAAAAUCUUGAAAGAAAAAAAAUUUCUUUAUUCUGAAGUAAUGUAACGUAUGACAUAAUGAAAUGGGAAUUAAAGAAUUCAUUGAGUAGUAGUAGUAUUAAAUACAUAUGAAUCACUUAAAAAUAUUAAAUGCAUACAAAGGUUUAUUAGAAAAUUACAUUUUAAACGCCCCACCAACCCUAAUCUGCUGGAUAAAAAGUUAAGGAGGUAGAUGGCAGAAAUGUAAAUUCAAUUCAUGGCUGUUGUUGGUUUAUUCUUUAGUUAAUGGAAUAUGAUUAAAUACUGUGUGUGGCAUACUUGAGACUACAUACUCCAUUUAGUUUCUGUCACUCAAAUAGGUGGCUGGACUGCCAUGUUAAGACAAAGUAGGAGAAUCUACCUUGGUUACAGCAAACUUAUAACCAAACAGGUCUUCAAGUAAUAUGCAAAAUGUUUGUAGGGUUUGUGUGUGUGGGUGUGCGUACGAGUGAUAAAGCCAUGUAUGCAAGCUAGUUUAUGAUUCAUCUGAGCCACAGAAUGACAGGUUGUUCUUGAUAAUUAAACAAUGCACUGCUUUUCCUAUCGUCUCUGAAGGCAGCAUUCACAUAGCAUAGUGGCAUAAAAACAUAUAUUGUAUGUAAAUACAUAUAUUUAUACUCCACCACUGUGAUGGAAUCAAACAAAAAAAUCAUCUUUAGCCAGAAAAUGGAAAAAAAAAAAGACAACAGACCACCUUUGAUUAUUCUUAGAGCUCGAUUUUUGCAACCGUUUAUCUACUACCUCCUGAUGCUAGCUAUGUUUAGCUAAAGCGAGAGCAUGAAAUAGACUAUUGCAGUGUGUUGGCUUAUGCAAAUGGAAAAAAAUCAACAACCUGAAAAUAAUCCACUUGAAGGCUAGACUUCAAACGUGGAAUAAUAUUAUUGCAACACAUGAGGAAGUCUUCUAUUUUGAAUGUAAUGCAAUAGAUCCAAUCUUAUUUUGCUAUACUAAGUAAAAUUUAUAGCGCCUGCAAAUGUCACGAUCACUACACUGUUAUCAUUAGCAUGUAAGAAAAAUUAACAAUAGGGUGUUGUAUAAUUGUGACUUUUAUGGUCAAAGGGUUUAAAAAUAAUGCUCACUUUAUGGCCAAAGGAUGCUUUUAAAUGCAGAGAAUCUGUAAACUUCUCAGUAAAGGUAAACUAACAAGUUUCAGAUUCAAUGAUUCAAUUGAAUGGUUCAAUUCUCAGGAAGUUUUGAUCCUUUGUAAAGGUUGUGUGAAUCAGCAGGGUUUGAAAACCCCAAAGGCAUUUUGAUCUUGUAGAUUUAUUGUAUGGAAGCAAACAAGGUUUAAAAACGACAGAUUUUGAAGCAGGUUGUGAUAUUUGAAUGCUGAAACCUCCCCAGAAUUGUGAUUCUGAUUUGUGAUGGCAUAUUUAGUUCAUUUUUUAAUUUAUUUCAGAAUUUUCAAGAAACAGAACUGUCAAAACUUACUUCCCAGAAAUUAAAAAUUGAUGUAAAACAAAAAAAUGGAGGGGCAUAAAUUUAUGUUAAUUGACAUAACAGAAAUUUGCAUUUCCAGCAUCAUAAAAGUAUGUAAAUGUUUUUUUGUUUGAUGCCCCCAGUCAGUCAGUCAUAGAUCCCAUUGCUUAAUUACAGAAUGUCUUCUGAGAGCAAUAGUCAAAAUUUUCGGACUUACAUAUACAUAUAUAAAAAUAACAUACACAUAUAUAUAUAUAUAUGAGGAUAACUGUUGCUAAAAGAUCAUCAUCACUAUCCUUUAAAAUGGAUAGUUAAAUAUCAACAUUUGGUAUUAAGCUGUGUUUAAAAACAAAAUUCAUUUAAGAAUUAAGUUAUGAUUCCUUAAUUAGAGCUCUUUUGCUUCUGAACACUCAAGAUGAAUAACCAUUCUGCAUUCAUGUUUAAGUUCAUCUCCUGAGAUUUGAAAAAAUUAUGUUUUCCUUUUAAGAGAAACUUGUACAAGAAAUGCAAAGCUUUUUGAUUGUGAAACAAUAAAUGACUGUCUUACAA